AUGCGUUCGAUUAUCUGGCUAGGUGCUCUUAUCGGGCUGGCCAUGGCGGCACCAAGUGCGUCUAUUCCGACAGAGAACGGCAAGCGGGAAUGGCUCGACGGCUACGGUGGUGGUAGUGGAGACAGAUAUGGUGGUGGCGGUGGUGGUAGUGAUCGCUACGGUCAAGUAAAGCGGGAAUGGCUUGACGGUUACGGUGGUGGCAGCGGAGACAGAUAUGGCGGUGGUGGUGGUGGUAGUGAUCGCUACGGUCAAGUUAAGCGGGAAUGGCUUGACGGUUACGGUCGUGGCGGCGGAGACAGAUAUGGUGGUGGUGGUGGCGGCGGUGGCGUAGCCACAGCCCGUUGGUAG